AAUAUCCCUGGCCACAAUGACUCUGCUGCAUGUUUACGUUGGAGUUCUCCUGAUGAUGGUGACGGGCACGCAGGCCACAUGUACAGCAUGUGGCUGCAUACCUGCAGACCCCUCAGAUGUAGCAGAAGACGAUUACCUCUUCGAACCCCUACGGUCUGAAGAUUUUCAAUUGUUCCAAUACCGGAUGUACGAAGCGGCAUGGGACAAUUGGAAUGUCUACAAUUACAUACGUUCCUUGCCACCCCGCUACGAAAAACCAGAAGAACCGGGAAAACAACGAUGUCGUACAGACUUUAAACAGAUUUUUGGAUACUACAAAGCGAAUGGACAAGUGUUAUGCUAUGUUGUUUAUCCGCAUAUACAGAAUCCUAAAAUGGCUCAAUGUUUUGGUGAGCAAUGUUGUGGAGAGAACUCGUUUUGUGAGCUAUGCGCCUAUGUACUGACGAAAUACCUUGUCUACUGUGACGCCCUUUAUACCGAUAACGAUGGAUGCCUUUUCGGGACGGAUGCACUGGCCGCAUCUGUACCUGAAGACAUUGACGAAAGCGACUGGAACAGUCGAAGAAAACGUGAAGCUGAUGACUACACCUUUAACGCUACCUUGUUAGAUGUAGAAAAACGUUCAUAUUGCUCAGAAAGUCGGAGUUACUUCGCAUUCAAGCACGACUAUCUGCCCUGUUUGUGCACAUGUAGAGGAGAAUGUUGUUAAUCAAAGAUCGUGCAUGACAAUGUCUUUAUUUCAAUAAAUGUCUUUAAACACCAAAGCAUAAUAUAUUGAUAACAGAGACAAAUAAAGUGCAACAACAAA